CGUUUUCCACAAUGUCAACAUUGAGGAGCAUGUUUGUUCUGUACAGGGCGCUGCACUCCUCCACUCCAGCCCUGAAGAAGGUGAAGACGAGGACCGCGGCGGAGCACCGCUGGCUCCAGCGACAGCUCAAAGAUCCUUAUGUUAAAGCUUCGCACGAACAAAACUAUCGGUGCAGAAGCGCCUUCAAACUCCUGGAGAUAGACGACAGGUUCAGGCUCCUCGUGCCGGGACAGUCCGUGGUGGACUGUGGAGCUGCGCCCGGAGCCUGGAGCCAGGUGGCGGUGCAGAGGGUCAACUCAGCCGGGACAGAUCCUACCGCUCCCCGUGGGACUGUGGUGGGGGUCGAUUUGUUGAACAUAUCAUCUCUAGAUGGUGCUCACUUCAUUUCCCAUCAUGAUGUCACAGACCCCUCCACACACGGCAAACUGCAGCAGCUGUUACCCAAUGGCCACGCACACGUCCUCCUGAGUGACAUGGCCCCCAAUGCGAGUGGAUUCAGGGAGCUGGACUGUGAGAACCUCAUCUCUAUGUGUCUGACAUUGAUAGACUUGGCAGAGAAGGUUUUACUGCCCGGAGGCUCUCUGCUGUGUAAAUACUGGGAUGGCCCCCUCACUCACUCACUUCAAGAAAAGCUGUCUUGCGUCUUUGAGAGUGUGAGGACUGUAAAACCAAAUGCUAGCAGAAAAGAUUCAUCUGAAAGAUAUUUCCUUGCUAAAAUGUACAGAAAGCCAGUAAAGUAAUUUUAAAAUGUAUUUCCCCAGAAGUUAAUUUGUGCUUCUUAUUAAUGGUGCAUUGUGUAACUUUUCUGGUGGAGGAGUUUGCCAUCUGCUUGUCUUUUUGGAGAUGGCAUUAUCUGGCCUGGAAGUUCCACAGCAUGACAUUAAACUCAUAUCUUCAAUCAGACAAGCUGGUCAUGUCACCAGGCCAAGUUACAGGUUAUAUCUGUGUUGAAGAAUGCGUAGUAUUCUUAAUAAAACACCUGCAAUUGAAUGAAUCCAAGAAUAUAUGUUUAAUGCCAUACUGUGGAUCAUUCCUGGCAAAGCAAUAACAUUUCCACGAUGACAAGCAGAUGGCAGACCCUCCAGCAGAAAAGUUGCAUAGUGCACUUUUAGCAGUAGGAUAAUUUAUAAAGUUGAGCAAGAGGUGGCAGUGUUGAGGCAUGGUUUAAGUCCAAUGUAUUUGCCAGUCUUAUUAGCUGCACAUAUACACUGGCUUGAAUCAAGAAUAUCUAAUAUGUAAACUAUAUCAUCAUUUGGUGUUGUUGUCAUCAAGGUGGUGCGGCCCAAGAGUGCAAUGCUUUCUGAAGUUAUUGCUAUUACUAUGUGUUGCCUCAUAGUGUUUUUUUCUACACUUCCUACUUUUCCAUUUGUUUUGCUACAGAAAGUCAUUUAGGAGUACUGUUUGCUAACAAUAUGCACCACCGACCAUGUAGAAAUGCAAUCAUUUCCUCAUUGAGAACUUAUGAAGGGAAACUUGAUACAUAAGUCUAACACGGAGACACACGCAGCAUGACUAAUGGGAACUGGGAAGAGACUAAGGCCUGGCACAGAGUGUAAUGGCACUUUGCUCUCUCUCUAUC